AAACCCGUUGCCUUACCGCUUCGCCAGCUAUAUGACACUACUGAAAAAAUGAAUAAUAUUGGUAUUCCUUGUUUGUCAAAUCCAGUUUGUUCCAACCAAAGAUAUAAAGAUUCCACUUGAUUAUUGCCGGGACUUUCACACAUGUGGAGAUAGACUGAAACCAAAUUUAUUGAUCAUUACAUAUAAUUCUAUUCAGAUAUUGUAUGAAAUUAUGAUUUCUUCUAUUCUCUUGUAAGAAUUGAAGGUGUCAAAAUUGAAGAUUUUUUUAUUGGGUGCGUUCAAAGAGGUUGGUCUUAAUCUGCCUUAUUUUCCUUUCUUCGUUUUUUCCUUGCAUCAAAAACAUCUUAAUAAUUCAAUCAAAAUUAUCUCCAAGACCAAAAUUUUGUUAUGAUUAAUAUCUUUAAUUUAAUCUAUAUCUGUUUUAAUUCUGCCAUUUUUUCAAAUAACUUUUUAUUCACAAAAUUAUCCGAGGCUCAUGCUUUUUUAAAUCCAAUCGUGGACGUUAUGCCAGCAAUACUUGUUCUCUUUUUGUUCUUAGCCUUUGUUUGGCAAGCUGCUAUAAGUUUUCGAUAAGAUCCUUAAUACUUGCCUAGAGAAGUCUAACAAUGGAAAAGAUCAAAUAAGUCUUACAAUAUAAACGAACCCUCAAUUCAAACAUUGAAAUUCUUGGAUAGCCGUAACAAAUUUGGAUCGCCCCUUUUCUUUAUUCUCGGCCUUUUUUCACCGUAAGAGCCCAUUUAGAGUUCAUCACAAUAUUGAACUAUUGGUAUGAAAAAUUUUUUUGUAAUGGUAAUGAAAGACUCAACUUUUAUUACAAAUCUAUUUUUGAAAACGCUUUUUUAUUUCCAAAGAUUCUAAUCCAUUUUUAUAAAUAUUAGAAAUCGUUUCAUUUUAAUUUUUUCUUUUUCAUUUUUUGAUGUCAAAAUAAAAAUAUGUCGUAUUAAAACAGAAAAUUUAUUCUCUUUUAUUUUUUUAAGAUCUUGGAGAUUGUGUAAUGCUUACUCUUAAACUCUUUGUUUACACCGGAGUUAUAUUCUUUGUUUCUCUCUUCAUCUUCGGAUUCCUAUCUAAUGAUCCAAGACGUAAUCUUGGACGCGAAGAAUAAGAACAAGAAAAGGCUUCCUUGCUUUAUUUUUCUAUAUUUAUAAAUAGUAUUAGGAUUUGACGUAUUUUACUGUCAAAAAGCAAGAUGGAAAGAGGGAUUCAAACCCUCGGUAUGAAUAACUCGUACAACGGAUUAGCAAUCCGACGAUUUCGUCCACUCAGCCAUCUCUCCCAAUGGAAAAAAAGAUAAUUAAUAUGUUACAGUACAGAAAAAAUAAUACUUGAGCAAACCC